GAGAAAGACUGUCGACAGGAGAAAAGGGAAGGGUUGAGAGACUUCAAAUCAGACCCCUUAGCGCUGCUCCCAAGAUAUCGGCCUCCUCUGCGCCACCGCCUCUCUCUCUACACGACACCUCUACCGCUCCUUCUCCACCUUCCUUUCCGGACAGCCUUACCAGCUCCCGCCAAUUGGCUUGGCGUCGUCUUGUGGCUCCUCCUCUUCCGAUUUUCCACCGACUCUUCUCGGCGAUAACUUGUUUUCGAUGGGGCAUACAAGCAAAGACCUUCUACAGUUGGAGCGCAAGAAUUCCUCCACCUCCCCAUUAGAGUCUACGCUUCUUGUUUGCAAAAAAGACUCGGUCUCUCAACCCCAGAAACCCCUCCCUCAUGGAAAGCCCAUCACUGCCCCUCUUCCCAAAAGCGAAGUUUUGGGAAAAGUUAAAGACUUCUUAGGAGUGAUAUCAGAAGAUAAUGAAAGGCUUCAGCUUGGUGCAAAGGACAAUUUUGAGAACUGUGAUAUUGAAGUGCUCACCGGAAAUGAAUCUGAAAUCAUUGAAAUGGAUUUGAUGCUUGGUGUUGCUGAUCUUCAUACCCCUGAGGCUGUUGCUGCUGCGGAAUCUGCAAUUGCUGGUUAUCAGUCUAAGAUUCCAUUGUCUGCGAGCAGUAGUGGAACAGAUUCAGAAGAUAGCAGUGAUAAUGACAGUGAUGAUGACGAAGAAGAUGACAAUGGUGAUAAUGAAGCUGAGGAAAGAUGCUCUCAUUUGAAACUCAAAAGGUCAAAGUUUGGUCCAGAUAAUUCUUCGGGCAAAGAUGCCAGUCAAUCAGAAAAGCGACCGAAGAUUGUUGAACUUUCAUGAAAGCUUUCUAGUGAAAGAAGUCUGGAUCCAGAACUGAUGUGAAAUUUCUUCUUGUUGGAGUUCUACCAACAGGGAGGAUGGUGAUUGGAAGCCGUAAGUUCUUGCUUUAACAUGCAGGGUGAAGGACAGUAUAUAUAAGGUCAAAAAGAAGAGAUCCCUUGUACCAAAGGCGUGUAGUUUUCUGCAUAAGAUCUAACAUGCAUGCACUCGUCAAUCUUGAUUAAGAGUUAAUUGUGAUUGCAUUGGGAAAUA